AUGAAUCCUCACAACAACUUCCAACAGAACUUCGAAAAUGUUAAUGAGCAAGCAGGCUCUCAAUUCCGAGCCGAUCUUUCUUCAUUGGAUCCUCUGCUAUUUGGUACACAAGCGUCGACCUUUGGAAUUACUCCCAAUCAGCCUGCCAUGAGUGGGUCUGGUCCAUUCCCUGAUACAUUCGUUCAACCAUCAAUCCAUACUUUGUUGAGGGAGGCUGUCAAGAAAUACCUCGCGGACAAGCGUGCAGUGGAAGUCAAAAGCUCUCACGCGUUGUUCAAUGUCAUAAAAACACAUGCUGCCGCCGCCGAUCCCGAUUCUGUAAAUCAAAUUCUCAAUGAUCUUCGAAAGCUUCUACAAGAUAAUCCUAGUCAAUUGCAGUCUACCCAGCCAGCCUACAACGCUCCAGCUGAGAAUACUGUCAAAGUAAGCAAAAAGAGAAAAUUAAACACCAUAGGAGAACAAUCAACAACCGGAAGUCAAACGUCAGAGACUGCUACGGCCAAGGAGCCAAAAAGCAAGAGAAGUGGGUUUAAGAGGAAGCCAGCUCCUGACGGGAACAUCAAGAGAGGUAGACCAAGGCGUACUGAAUUAGCGAGAGAGGCGGCCGAGAAGGCGGCUGCUGCUGCUUCUCAAAGUCAUGAUCCUCAAGCUGGGCCUUCUAAUCAACCUGCUGACUGA